UUGCGUCUACCGUCGCAUUGAAAUCAUAUUGGAGUUUUAUUGACUUUAUAUAACGGCGUUUUGUUAAACGGUAUUUUUUAAUUCGAUCGUCGUGGGUAAAAGUGUAUAUCAUGCACUGUUGAAAUUGUAUUUAAAAUACAUUAUAGAUUGUCGGCCAAUUCAUUUCGAAUACGGAUUUCGUUGCGGCAGUGGCGAUGACAAGUGUUGUGGUGUUUAGUGAUUUGUAGACAAGGCUUAUAUAUUACUGUGAACGUAAUUCCAAAACGUGUAAAUGUUGCUAUAGUUACUGACGAGAUCAAGGCAGCGUUUAGUGUCUCACUGCCAGUGAACGCCUCACCCCCUUAUUUCCGGUGAGGGGGAAAUCCGUCCGGCCGUCCGUUGUUCGCAUUUUAAACGUGCGAACAACAUUCGCAUCGCAAACGUGUGAACAUCAAACCACAAACUGCACAACAAACUUCGCAACAAUGGAUUACAAACCCAGGCCGCUCUGUUGUCGUCUCCAUGUAUUGUUUGCGGGGAUUAUACUGGUGCUAAGUUUUUCGCACAUUAACGCAACUACUACGUCCGUGGUGCUCUACAACUCCAUUAACGUGGCUGUGGGUCAACAGGCAACGUACAACUGCAGCAUAUCCGGUACCGGCCCCGACCCCUCUGUUGCCUGGAAAAUGACCGACACCAGCGGUAACCCUAUCUCCGUCUCAUUCACCGUUCGGAACACCGGAACUGACAUUACCAGCGACGGGUCGCUCCUUAGCUCCAACACUUUUCUAGUACAAUCGUCGCACAUCAACCAGCGACUGUGGUGCUCCGUCACCGACGUCGGGUCGGCGUCCACCAGCUACCAGAUCUUUACGCACAUUACGGAGACUAGCGCAACUACGGCUAAUCUUGGAGAGACCUGCAGUCCAAACGUUCAGUGUACGCCGACCAACUCUGAGUGCCGGAACAGCGUCUGCGUGUGCAGGACCGGGUACCGAGUCAACGGAAACACGUGCAAUCUCAUCGGUAUCGGUGACAGCUGUGCGGGUUCCACGUGCCUUCCCGCAAACUCGUUUUGCAACCAACAGUCAGUGUGCGCCUGCAACACCGGCUUCUACGAAUCCUCCGGGAGCUGUCUGCAGAAGAAAAACCUCGGCGACACAUGUACCGCUGGAAACAACGCCAUGUGCGGCCCGGAUUUCUCCGCGUGUAGCUCCCUGCCGCCCUACACGUGCGUCUGUCAGUCCGGAUACACUCGCUCCGGAAGUUCCUGUGUGCUGAGCUCAGUCGGCCUCGGUGAGGUUUGUGUUAACCCAACACGUACGUGUUACACGUCGAAUGCGCACUGCGAAGGCACGGUUUGUGUGUGCGAUGCCGGGUACUCAGUAUCCGGUCUGGCUGGCAACGCAUGCGCACUGUCACCCGCCUCCGUUGGUCAGUCGUGCGUGAAUCCCACACGCACGUGCAGCACGAGCAACACCGAAUGUGACACUGGUUUCACGGGCACGUGCCGUUGCUCGAGCGGCUUCGUGCAGAGUGGCACGAGUUGCGUCAUCGGCACUGCCGGGCUCGGCGACUCGUGCCGGAACCCCACCCGCACGUGCACAACUACAAGCGCGGUGUGCGACACCUCGGCGGGGAACACAUGUCAGUGCGCGGGAGGAUACGUCCAGUCCGGCCUCCUCUGUGUGGUCGGCACGGCAAAUAUCGGGGAACAGUGUAGAACACCAGCAAAAACCUGCGUAACCACGUACUCGUUCUGUGGGCCGGACGGGUUCUGUGUUUGUGACUACGGUUACGUUCUGUCCGGAACGGCCUGCAUCUUGAAUUUCGCCGGUCUCGGUGACUCGUGCGCGAACCCACCGCGCACAUGUUCUGUCACAAACUCUGUGUGUGACGUCACUGCCAGUAGCACGUGCCAGUGUUCCAGCGGAUUCGUCCGGUCGGGAGCAUUCUGUGUGGUCGGUUACGCUAACAUCGGAGAGCCUUGCACCAACCCUAGCCGGAGCUGCGUCACGAGUAACACGGUCUGCGCCGGCACGUGCGUGUGCGCUUCCGGUUUCAUUCAGUCUGGCAAUGCCUGCUUCCUUAGCACGGUGACAAUUGGCCAGUCGUGCACGAACCCCAGUCGCACGUGCACCACGAGCAACACGGUGUGCGGAGGAUCGGGCACCUGUGUGUGCGCUAACGGCUUUGUUCAGUCCGGAUCUACUUGUAUUACAUCCAAUGCCGCCCUUGGUGACCAGUGUGCCAACCCCUCAAGGUCAUGUGUCACCGCUAACGCCAUAUGCGGAGCCCAGGGCUUCUGCGUCUGUGGCACGGGCUUUGUUCAGUCGGGAUCCUCUUGUAUAUCUAGCUCAGCUAAUAUCGGCGAGAGCUGCGUAAAUCCCCCUCGUUCUUGCGUCACAGGCAACACCGUGUGUGACACCCAACAGGGGGCGUGUACUUGUGCGUCUGGUUUUGUCCAAUCAGGAUCGACUUGCGUUUCUAGUUCUGUGGGUCUAGGAGGCCAGUGCGUGAACCCAGCUCGCACGUGCACCAUCGCCAACAGUGUGUGUGGCCCACAGGGCACCUGCGAGUGUGCUUCCGGUUUCACCUCUUCGGGUUCUUCAUGCGUCAUUAGCACGGCUGGCCUCGGGGACAAUUGCACGACCCCUGCCCGUGCAUGCGGUACAACUAACUCUGAAUGUAACUCCACUAGUGGCCAAUGUGAAUGCAAUCCCGGUUUUAUCUCCAACGGCACGAAUUGCUUCUCUACUGGUGCAACGCUGGGACAGGCGUGUAUCAAUCCAACGCGCACGUGCAGCGUUCAGUACUCCGUCUGUCGUGAGGGCACGUGCCAGUGUGACGUAGGAUAUAUACUGAACGGAAACGUUUGUCAGAUGCCGACCAUUGGCCAAGCAUGCGCAGUGAAUGUGGGCUGUCAGGUUACGGCGACAGGCGGGACCACCACCAACCCACAAUGCAUCACAGGGCGGUGCGCAUGCCCUACCGGAUACUAUACGUACAAUAACGUCUGCUUUGAAAAAAGCACCACGGGCGCCACGUGCGACGCGAGGGUCGCCAACUCGUGCCUGGACGACCAAGCCUCGUGCACUGGGACACCCGCCACGUGCACUUGUAACUUCGGAUACACGUUCGUGUCCGGCUACUGCAUCAUCGUCAACGCCUCUGAUUGUCCAGUUAACACCCAGAUACCGUCGACCCAGCCCGGGGCAAUUAACGCACCGGACGUGUACGUGGGGGCCACGUGUUACCAGGUCGACUUGGGCGCGUCAAACACGAUGCGUUGCAUGGAUACGAAGUACCAGGCGGCUCUGCAGAGCGCAAACUGGUUCAAGAUGCCCGGAUAUACAGCGGUCGUAAAAUCUACUGGCGGGUUUAUAAACGGUGACAUUUCGAACACGAACAUGACCGUCUCGAACGCCCAGAAUGUCUACGGCGGUAACUACAUCUGCACCCUGUGUUACGGUAGCGGCUUCACGCGGUGUACCAACAGCUCCCAGGUGCAACUCCUGGUUAAAGGCGCAGCUAUUCAGUCAACAAGCCUCACCGCAAACCCGUCCGUAAACGUCGUUCGCGGGGGAUCCUUCACCUUCACCUGCGGAACCAGCCCGGCGGGCGUCGCCACCUCUUUCACGUUUUACAAGGGUAGCGAUGUCGUUCAGAGCGGGCCGUCUAGUACGUACUUUAUCUCCAGCGUUCAGGCGGUGCACGACGGAAGUUACACGUGCCUCGCCACCAAUACCAACUCUCAGCGGACGAGCGACAUCUACGUUAUAGCCGCACAAUAUAAGCCCGAGUACUUUCUGAGUGGCGGAGGGGACACCCAGACAGUAUUUCACGACUUUGCAAACGGAGACGUUCAGAUAACUUGCGCGUCCAUGUCCGCCAACCCGCCGGUGUCGUUGUACAGCUUCUUCAACUCUUCCGGCAGCCUUCUGUUUUCCGGCCUGACGCCGACGUACACGGUGACGGGGGAACAGGGCUACCAGCGCUACUCUUGCACCGCCGCAAACGCUCUAGGGGUCUCCAGCGCACAGUUCAUCGAGGUCACGGAACCGGAGACAAAUCCGGGCACAGGUGCUGCUACGCAAGACGACGGAAUAGGCACGGGCACCAUCGUCGCGAUUGUGCUUGGAAUCAUUUUCCUUCUUCUACUCAUCAUCAUUAUCAUUGUCUGCUGCUGUAGCUACGGAUGGUGCCGGAAGAAGGAAAAAGUCCAGCCGGAAGUCAUCGUAGAACCACCUCGUGUCAAGCCGUAUAUUCCACGGACUAUUGCGUCCGCCACGCCGUCUGUCAGAACAGCGAAAGAUGUGGGAGUUAUGGUACAUGGCGUCCCCGUCACCGAGGAAUUUGAGCCGGUCUAUUCUGCCACCCCGAGAUAUCACCUUAAGCCAGCAGUAAAUGGAGGACCCAUAAUCUCCCUGAUGGACGACAGCUUCGAGAAGCCACAACCAAGACCUCUCCAACUUCCGCCGCUAGAUACCCAGUACCUAUACACUGACGGCGAUCAGAAGAGGCGCCACAGGAAGAAGCGCCGAAAGCACUCACGGCGCCGUCACCAUGAGGAUCGCGGGCCCUCCGAAGAAGACCUCGUUGUAGUUGUCGACCGCCAUCAGUACGAAAACGGAUACGAAUAGUGCUUCAGUGAUCCUGAAUGAUUAAACGUAUCAAAAUUGUUUCAGAAUGUUUGAGGUCGUGUUUUCUUUUCUAAUCAUUACACAAAUCAAAGUUGAUGUGGUAGAUCUAGAAGCAUAACGUAGGAUUUCUAAUAAUAAACUUUCCUCAACGAUUAUUUGUUAUAUUGAAUUCAGUGCUAUGUUCUUAAGAACUGUAUAUGUAUGUUCAGUUUUAAAAGGAGAAGGGAUCCAUCUGAUCUUACCAAAUUCGUGAGGUUACGUUCAAUGCUGUAACAAUUAAAGAAAGCUCAUUCAUUCAAUAUUUAAAGUUAAUUCAGGAUAAUGUUUGUUUUAAUUUCUUCAACGCUACUGAAAUGGCGCUGUUUGUCUGUGAUAUUGACGCUGUUAACGAAGGGUGGCAAUCGCUCUCCAAUACAUUUUGUAUGCUUUUGAUACAUUUGUUAAUAAAUAUGAUGGGAUUUAUUAUACAAUGUUUAGUUCAGGUCGUUAUUAUUUAAUAAAAUAUUGGUUUGUCCCACUUUGCGAUUUGAAUGGAUUUGUUAAUAAUGUAUUAUGUUAAAACUUAUGUCUCUGUAUGUGAUGUAAAUUAAUGUUCAGUUUAUAGUUAAAAAAAUAUUGAACAUUUUAAUAAAGACGAAUCUUAAAAAUAAACUUUCCAGGCAGAGUCACAAUGUUUAUUAUGCAAUCACUUCUUAAGUUAAGUUGGACUAAAUUUACUGAUGCAAACAUAGAAAUGAUAUUAUGUAUACAUCCGCAUUCAGUAUAUUCAAUGUAUAUAAGAAAAUCUUAGAGAAAAGAAAGGGGCAUAUCGGUGGUAUUUCACAUACAAAUAUACAUACUGUGAUGCAAUCCAUAUAACCAUUCAACAAAUAGGUCUAUGCAGUGCCAAUAUUGAAUUGAACGAAUCGCUUAAAAUAAAACAAAUACAACGUGGCCACUAUUUUCUAAUAUAAUUUGAAAUCGCGUUUACCGUAAUUCAUAGUACACAUAGAGUUCAUGUACUUCAUGCAAAUUCCAUAAAUAAUUUAACAUCUACUACUGAUUUUUUCCGCGCCGGAAGUUUAAACAAUGGCUUUUUUAAUAAACGUUUAUAAAAAUACGAGACCUAUGUGUUUUGAAGAAAUUAUUUAUUAAGUAGUAUUACUUUUUUUCUCGAAAAUAUUUGUAUUCCGUCGAUAUGUCUCUAAGUCAGACAAAAACAACAACAACAACAAGGGGACUUACGCAUCGGUGGACACAACGUUUCUGUUAACAGGUCCCUUUAAAAUGCGCUUUUGUCGGCGGGAUUUAUCCCUGAUAUCAAUGUCCGAAUCAGAGACUUGGUGCUAUUGUCAAUGUACCACCAGGGCAGUACUAAAGUCGUUAUAUUGACUCUCAUCUGUUGAUAAAGAAGUCCUAUCGAACGUUAUAUCGACACAUGACAUUAUGUUGAUAUUUAUGUUGUACACAUUAAUGUUUCACUAAUGGUCUUGUUGAGUGUGUUUAUGUUAUAAUACUUAUUUUUUUGUAAACGUGAUAUGUUUAGUAAUAAUGUUAUUUGUUUAAUUUAUAUAUGUGAUAUGUUUAGUGAUACUGAUAUUUGUUCUGUUUUGUAAAUGUUACAUGUUUAGCUUUCGACCUACCGUUAGAUCUAUAUUUUGUGUUUAAUUUAUUAUCGUUUAGAGAUUAGUUUAAAUUUUCAGAGGAUUUUCUGCCCUAACAAUAUCCUUAGCUGCACUCACUAAAUACUCAUUAAAGCCAUUCCUACGUGUAUUAAUUUGCAGUAACUUACCAGUUUAAUUAUAACCAUUAUAAUGAUGUGUAUAAGUAUUAAUUAAAUUUGAUGACAGGCUUUGCCAAGUGUCAUUUUGUUAUUUAUGCAUUUUAAUGGAAGAUUCUUUUUGUAGAAGAUAUCUCUAUAAUUACACUACAAUUAAUUUUACAGUAAUUUGAAGUUCAAGAUGAUUGCCUCUUUGAAACCCUUCUUAGACUCUUAUUUUAAUCGGUAGCAUAUCAUUUAUGUCAUUUGUCAUAGCACAGAUUUAAUUUGCAAAUAUCAAUUUGUCUCUCCCGGUUUUCAUUUGGUUACGAAAUAAGAAAAUCACCCCUAGGGCUGACGUCUCUCAAGUCGUUGUAUUUCAAAUAUUGUUUGUAUUAACCCAUUUAUGCCUAGUGAACUCUCCCAUCCUUCUAAAUUGGAUCAAUUUAUUUCCAAAAUUAGGGAUGUCUAGUAUAUUUAUUUCUAUAUUUAGAAUAUUUCUUACAGAAAUUCCUUUAAGCAAACAGCGCAGACCCUGAUGCGGCGUCUCAUCUGGUUCUACGCUGUUUGCCAAUGCCUUUUUUUUAUACGCUAGGCAUAAAUGGGUUAAAGUUGUCAGUAAUAUUGCACGAACAAUAAUGUGUUGAUAAAAAUUUGUUUAUAUAAGACAAUUUAUAUAUAUUAGUGUAUUGUUGCUUUUAAAAAAUAUAUAUUUGUUGAUACUUUUUAUAACGUACCAGAUACUAGAACUUGAAGGGUACGAAAUUCAUUUUUAAAAGUUUUGUAAAGGGUGUAAUAUGAAAGUUCUAUAUGUAUAAAAUGCAAAUAUAAAUUUAAAAACAUCAAUGCGCUGUUUAUUUUAAAGUAACUGUAAAUUCUAGAAUAAUUACUGUGAGCAUUUGUUGCUAAUUGUUAUCUGUGUUUAAAAUAAACUCUACUGAAUUGCGCAGCGGGAGCUUGCUUAAGUAAACUUUCGCUUGUUACGUAUUUAACAAUUUUUCUUGAGGACCUUUAUGAAUACCAUCCCUUAAUUAUUGUAGAUUUCAUGCGACGCAUUAGUUUUUGAGAAAAAAUAAAUUUAUUCAUUGAUAAAAA